AUGGAUGCAAAGGAACCAAUCCACUUACUUGAGAUUUACUUUAUUCCAACAGGGUUUGAGUGGAAAAUCGCUGAGCAUUUGCCGAGGAUCGAGUACUUUAGCGUAAUAACAGGACAAUAUGAUGCGUGUGAGGCUACAAAUGGUCUUGGACAUAAAUUACGAUCACGACGACCAUUUUAUGCUGUUUGUGGAAACAAGAAUUACACGAGAAAGUUGAAGUAUAGUGAUUGCAAUCACGUCUUUCGAGAGUUGAAGCAUACGUUAUUACUGAACUUGUCAAGAAAUGAUCAUGUCAAACGUUUAAAAUUGGACGUUUAUAAUGGUUUUGGGGGCCUUGAGUUGAUCAAUCAAGUGUCAACUCUAACUGAGUUGUAUAUGACAUUCCAUGUUACUGAGAAAGUUGACUUUCAAAUUACGUUGCCGUUGCAAAAAGUGUAUCUCAAUGCGGUUCGGCCACGUAGAAAGACUUUAGACUUGGGGUUUUACGUUGAAGAUGCUUUUGAAACCCGGUAUAUCCGAGAGUUGUGUUUGGAAUCCGUUUUGGAAUUCAAGCAUAGCCUCAAGGACAACCUCGAGAGUUCAUUCCCAAAAUUGAAAAACUUGGGCCUUUGUGUCAAUGAUGGAUUGUUUUAUGAUCUCCAUUCCUUUUCUCAUGGUAACUUACAGGUGCUCAUCAUUGCAACAACACAGGAUAAUAGGCAUUACCCAGUACCCCAUGUUGCUAGUUUAUUUCACAGCUUUCCCAAAGCAAGUAUCCAUUGGUGGGACUCUUUGUUAAUUCGAGACUAUAAAGGUGGCGCAUACAAAUUGGAUACUUAUAGUAUGCUAAGUCCAACUUUGCCCUUUGCUGUGGUGGGACUUUAUUGCCUAACGAAUCUGGGGGAGACCCAGAGGUCCAGAGGUUGGUGGAGCAGCGAGUGGGGAAUAAAGCCAGGUACAUAUGCUGCUAAACCGGCUGAGGGGAAAAGAAAUUUGGAUGUAUUGUUCAAACAGAUUUACGAAGAUAAGGAGUUGAAAAAGAUUUCGCAAAAUUUUUGCUAG